UGUAUUUAAAGGAAACUGUUGGAUGAUGGUGAUUUAAAAUGCUGCACAUCAUGUUUGAAGCAGGACUAAUGGAUGUUACUGUGAAAUUAGUUUUGUGUGUCGUGAUAUGUUUACAAUAUUCUGACGCUAGUACUGAUAUUCAGUCGAAGACUUACCAACACACACUUGAAAAUGGAGAAAAAGUUAUAUGCAAUAAGUGUUCACCAGGACAUUAUCUGAUAGAUUAUUGUUUUACGAAUGGUGGAAAUUCACAGUGUGCACCAUGUGACAAUGGGACUUACAACUCUGAAUAUACAAGGGCUACUAGUUGCGCGCGAUGCGAUACCGAGUGUAUUCAGCCUAAAGAUCGGGAAUACAUUGCAACAAACUGCACAAAGGUGUCGAACAUCUCAUGCAAGUGUAUGGAAGGGUAUUACAGGGAGCCAUAUAAAUUUGGAUUGUGUUUGUGGAUUGUUCCGUGUCCACCUGGUGAAGGGGUAGUUCAUGAAGGUCAUGAGUGGGCAAACACUGUCUGUGGAGUGUGCCCAGAGAAUCAUUUCUCUGCCAAUUCUUCCAAGACAGAGCGGUGUCAGCAGUGUAGCCCCUGUCCUCCGGAAACUGUUCAGUAUCAGGAUUGUCAACCGGAAGCUGACAGAGUCUGUGGACCUCCUGGGGCUGAUGAUUUACCAAUUGGGGCGCUGAUUGGAAUCGGUGUUGGUGCACCAUUCCUGGUUUUAGUGGUUAUUACACUAGUAUGCUGUUUUUGUGUGAUGAGAGAAAGAUGUGCUGCCAUUCGUAAAAGUGUUUGCAGAUGCUGUUAUAGACCAUACCAGGAGUGUACACAGCAUGAUAAAAGUAUGAAAUACACACCAGCACACACAGAUGAUGCGGGGGGGACAAUGUCUAAUGGUCAAGUAACUCCAGAUCUUAUUCAGAAUACUCCUAAUGGUCGCGGAGAUCCUAGGAAGAUUCAUGAGAUACCCAAUGGAGUUGCUGUAGGAAAUGGCACUGCCGGUAGUCACACUGCUAGAAAUACACAAUCUGGAGGUACAGUAUCAUGCUAUGAUAUUUUCUUUACCCAGUAGGAAAGGGGUACUUAGUCCU